AUGGCCAGUGGGCUGCUGACUCGCAUGUUCCAACAAAACCUACUGGAUGACUUCUACAGGCGGCAGAACGACAUCAUUGACUCGCUCAUGGAGGUGGAUACGUUGCACUCGGGAGAGUACGAUGGGGAUGCAAUUGAUGAGGCGGAUGAACGCAGGAAUCGACGCGCGAUGUCGCUCUCCUUUGCAUCAAACAUAGUGUUGCUGUUGGUGCGAGUGGGCAUCGCUGCAAUCAGUGGCUCACUGUCCAUCAUUGUCACCACCCUGGAUGCGGUCCUUGAUGUCAUCUCAGGUUUCAUCAUCUGGUCGACAUCCAUCGCCAAAAGGCGGAAGAACAAAUAUAAGUUCCCCAUUGGGCAGGCCCGUAUGGAGCCUCUGGGGAUCAUUGUCUUCUCAUGCAUCAUGGGGACAGCUGGGUUCUCAGUCAUCUUGGAAGCCAUCCGGCAGCUGGCGGCUCACACCCGCACAGAGCUGCCUCACGUGGGCUGGGUUGUGGGUGGCACUGUUGGCGUGAUCAUCAUGAAGCUGGGCAUGUACAUUAUCUGCCGGAAGAGCUCGGACUCUUCUGUGCAAGCCUUUGCGCUGGACCACAUCAAUGAUGUUCUGGUGAAUUCUGUCGGCCUUGCCGGUGCGCUGUUGGGGGACAAGGUGGCGGCCUGGAUGGAUCCGUUGGUGGCGAUGCUGCUAUCGGUCUGGCUCAUCUAUGCUUGGGGCGGCCAGGCCUACCUGAACGUGAUGAACCUGGUGGGCCUGUCGGCCUCGCCCCAGUUCCUGCAAAAGCUCACCUAUCUCUGCUGGAACCACGACCCGCGCAUCCUCCAGAUCGACACCGUCAGGUCGUAUUCGUUUGGCGACUCCUGGUUUGCCGAGGUGGACAUAGUGCUCCCAGCAGAGAUGACCGUGGCAGAGUCGCAUGAUAUUGCCGAAGAGCUGCAGAUCAAACUUGAGCGCCUGCCGGACAUUGCCCGUGCCUUUGUGCACAUCGAUUUUGAGACCACGCACGUGCCCGAGCACAAAAUGGCCUGA